CUGCAAAAGCAGCCUCUGCAUUUUUGUCUGUCUGAAUGCUACAGCAGCACGGGGGGAAAAAAGAUUGAGGAUAAGGCAAAAACUGAAGAAAUGUGACAAUUCAACGGUCAUUUUCAUGGCGAGGAGAAAACUGGUGCGAAAGGAGUUAUUCUGGGACUCCUUUGAGCCUCGAAACGCUGGAUCAAAAUGCUCAUAGUGGAGAAGACCACUGACUUCCCCUCUGCUGAGUUCUCCCUGGUGGAGGAUGUGGCUCUGCACUUCACCUGUUUGAUGGACAGGCUGAACGAGCAGCGCCUCUUCCAGCCUGACCUGUGUGACGUCGACAUUGUUCUGGUGCGUCAGCACAGCACCUUCCCAGCCCACAAGGGCGUGCUGGCGGCCUACAGCCCUUUCUUCCACUCCCUUUUUGCACAAAGCAAACAGCUGCGGCGGGUGGACCUGUCGCUGGACGCCCUGACCUCACAGGGCCUGCAGCAAAUCCUCAACUUCAUUUACACCUCCAAACUGCUGGUGAGCAGCCGCACUGUCCGCGACGUGCUCAACGCCGCUACCCUGCUUCAGAUGAGCGACAUCGCGGCCUCCUGUCGCGACCUCAUCAGCAGCCACUCGCUGAGAGCCACCUGUGCAGAUAUGGCCAAUCAGGAGGGGCUCGGUGGCGGUGACCCAGCUGCCGUAGCGAUGCCCUCCAGCCAGCUGUACUCGGAGAUCAAACAGGAGUCAGAGCUGGGGAGGGUGUACAAGAGGGAAGGCAGCAGCCCGUUCUCUGUCAGAGUGGAGGAGGCGAGCAAGGCGGCCUCGCAGCAGAAACAGUAUUACCAGAAAGAGGACGGGUCAGUGGGCGGGGCUAGCACAGGUGUGUCCGCUCUGUGCAAAGUCGAGAGCAAUGGCGAGGAGUCAAAGAGCACAGACAGCCACGCCUCCUUCAACAGAGAUCAGAUCAUCGUUGAAGUCAACCUCAACAACCAGACCCUUAAUGUGUCCAAGGGCUCGGAGAGCAAAUCAGUAGCUGCCAGUGAGGCAGCCACCAUAUUUGGUUGCUGCCACGACAAUGAGAGAGCUUCAGAAGAUGACGAGGAGAACGAGGUGGAGAACGAUGACACAGUCGGAGAAGAGGACGACGAUGACCUGAAGAGGGCGGACAUACUGGGUCCGAGCAGCGAGGAGGAGGAUGAGGAGGAAGAUGAAGAAGAGGAGGAGAACACCCUAAACAUUCCAGGCUUGGAGCAGCCGGCCAUGAUGGAUCGACCUCGCCGGGGCACCAGAGCCUUCGCCAUAGCGGGGACAACCGCCUCCAUGCGGCAGACACUCGCAGAGGCCACGCUGGCCAACCAGCGGCAGGGCGGGAAGAGGACGCUGGACACAGAGGGCCUGGGCCAGAAAGUGAGGCUGGAGGAGAAGCAGCAUUUGCCGUGUAAGAAAUGCCCUCGCGUCUUCAACAAUCGCUGGUACCUGGAGAAACACAUGAACGUCACUCACAACCGCAUGCAGAUCUGCAAUAACUGUGGGAAGCGUUUCCUGCUGGAGAGCGAGCUGCUGCUGCACCAACAGACCGACUGUGAGAAGAGCAUCCAGUGUGUAACAUGUGGCAAGGCCUUCAAAAAGCUGUGGUCGCUACAUGAGCACAACAAGAUCGUCCAUGGCUACGCCGAGAAGAAGUUCUCCUGCGAGAUCUGUGAAAAGAAGUUUUACACCAUGGCUCACGUCAGGAAGCACAUGGUCGCCCAUACGAAGGACAUGCCGUUCACCUGUGAGACGUGCGGGAAGUCAUUCAAGCGCAGCAUGUCCCUGAAGGUUCACUCUCUGCAGCACUCAGGAGAGAAACCCUUCAAGUGUGAGAACUGCAGUGAGCGCUUCCAGUACAAAUACCAGCUGCGUUCCCACAUGAGCAUCCACAUCGGACACAAGCAGUUCAUGUGCCAGUGGUGCGGAAAGGACUUCAACAUGAAACAGUACUUUGACGAACACAUGAAGACACACACUGGAGAGAAGCCGUACAUCUGUGAGAUCUGUGGGAAAAGCUUCACGAGCCGGCCCAACAUGAAGCGCCACCGCCGCACCCACACCGGAGAGAAGCCCUACCCCUGCGAGGUGUGCGGCCAGCGCUUCCGCUUCUCCAACAUGCUCAAGGCCCACAGGGAGAAAUGCUUCCGCGUCAGCAACCCUAUGGUUACCGACGGCAACGACCCCCUCGGCCUCCAUCAGCCUCUGGCCUCGCCCACCGUGGACUCUUCCAGUCAGGUGCAGCUGGGGACGGCGCUCCCCGCCACGUCUGCGACCACACCCGCUGCUGCCUCUAGCCCACACCCCCUCCAUGGCACCCAGCUGUCUCUCCCCCUGCUGCACUCCAUGGGGGGGCUGCCUCCCACUCCUCAUUUACCCCCACCGCCUCCCCUGUUCUCUGCCGGUAGGAUGAACUCCAACAACUAACAAAUCUCUGUAGCAUCGAAAGCACUUUUGUUACUUUUGUUUUUCUUAGAGCUUUUACGAGGACUCCUGCAGCGGGAGAGUGAUGCACCUCAGUGACAUUUACACUGAGGAGAAAAACUGACUGAAGGCUACACGGAGGCCUCAUAAAAACACACAUACACCUACCACAAUAAGAAAUAGUUAUUUUUUACUCUGUUCAAUACAAUAGAUAACCUCAGAGUCCAGUAGGACAUGUUGUCACCGUGCUUCUCCUCGUGAUUUUCACAACUCUGUUCUGGUUUCAUUUGGGAUUUUCCACCACAGAAACACAUCUCUCCAGAGCCUUGCACAAUGCAUUGAUUGUAGCAUCUUUUACAAAGCGGGAGGAAGAGUUUCCGACAUCCUCACUCACACCGGGGUCAUCAGUCAAGCGAGAACCACAUUAUGAUAAGAAAAAAAAUGUUUUAUUUUUGGUCGUUCUCUGCCAAGAUGUAGCGAGUGGUUCUGGUCUGACCCAGCAAUAACCAAAUGCUGAUUUGUCUCUGAGCAUAUACAUGUAUAUGGCAUUGCCAAUAACCAAAUCCUGUUAGCUCACCUGCUAUAGUUAGAUAAUGUUAUACAGCAUUUAUAAUCGAUCCUGCACCUUACAUUUAACUCUAGUGAUAUUUAAAAUGUACUCCUAAUUGUCUCCAUUUUUAUAAUUGUGAUCGUGUGUAAUUUGUGGCACGUUAACGUCAAUUUUUAAGGAUAGGAGAGAAGUUUUGAUGUGUGGAGAGUCGGCCGUGCAAUGCAGUGUGUGGUGUUUGUGACGGUGUGUGUGAGAGAUGUGAGAUGAGGAUCUUCAGAUCUACGUUCAGCUAAUCAACGCUUGAGCUUCCCCCGAGUCAGGAGAUGGAGUAAUUUGUUGACUCUCAUCUUUUGCUUACAUUAAGCAAGCGCUCUCCUCUCCUGUAGAUCUGGCUUUGAGACGAUAUCGCACUUUUCUGUGACUUGUUAGUAAAAAACCUAAUGUACUCGGACCUACAGUAUAUGUGUAGGUAUAAAAUCUAAUGUUAUUAUUAUUUCCAAACUAAACCCGAUCCGUGUAAUUAGUUUGCUGAAUACCAGGAGUGUAGGGAUUAUAUUCACAAAAACAUGCUUACGUAGCUAAAUAAGUGUGCACAUUUCAUCCUGAUGUAUAUUGUGUAAUGAUAAACAUUAUAUUAUAAUGCCUAAAUCUCUCAAAGAGCACUGACAGUGAGUACUUUUGGCACAACAGAGCGCAUCACUUAAAGGGCUCCUUAUGAUUACGUCAUUAUUAUAAAGUCAGUUUCUUAUAACAGUAAUCUGUAGAAGCUGAUCAAAGUUGCAGUGCAGUAUGUAAUACCCGUCAAACAUUUGUGGCUCUAUAUGCAUUUUUGACAAUUUGUUGUCAUAAACUUACUGGAGAAGAACUGAAAAAAUAGAAUCAAAUUUAUGUCAGUAAAAAAAUUAUUCUCUUAAAGGCUUGAUAUUUUGGGAAAUACACUUAUUUGCUGUCUUACCAAGAAAUAGAUGAGAAGCUCAAUACCACAUUUAAUAUUUGUAUGUUAAAUGUGAAGCUACAGCCAGCAGCUGGUUAGCUUAGCUUAGCACAAAGAUAGGAAACAGGGCGAAACUGCUAGCUUGGCUCCUUUUUAAGGCUAAAAAAUCACUUACAAGCUGAUAAUUUACACAUAAAAUCCAGAUUUUGCGGGAUCACAUCUUGAUUUUGUCAUGUAGCACACAACAACACACACAUUAUUAUCUACUGGAAACACUCAAGGGCUGGUGCCUGGGUUGGGUAUGCAAAAGGCAGGACAUGACACGGAUUAAACCAUGAUCCCAUAGCUGGUUCGUAAUUUGGUCAUAAACAGCAGUCCCCUGCCUUUCCUUGAAUGUUUUUGAGGAUUUUCAGUAUCAACCGUUGCUGACAGAAGUUUCCAAACCAAGUUUUCUCCAGUUAGACAUUUGGUGUCUUCCUGUAAAUAACCCUCUCUCUACACCCUCAGAUGUUUGUAUUAAACCAGUUUCAAACUAGUGCCAUUAACUUGCCCUCAUCAUCUACCCCCCCACUGUGAAUUCUAGGGAGAAUGUCCAACUGUUUUAUGUCUGGUCCAAUUGAUUUGUACAUUCAAUAAUGUCUAAAUUAGUUCAGGUUGCAGUGCAUGUGUAAAAGGACUAAAACAAAGUGUUAAAAUGAUCAUUUGUAGUUUUAUUGGGGGUGAAAUGUGCGCUAGCUAGCCAGGCUCUUUUGAAAAGGGACAAAAUUUGUUUGUUCGCUGUUAAAUCACAAAUUGUGGUUUUGCACUUCAGUUUUUGUACACAUCGAACAAACAAGAUUUAGCGUGUUAAGUUGUGCGCUUUUGAGAAGAUAGUAAGCAGAUUCUGUUUUCUUUUGACCAAGCCAAGCUAGCUUUUUCGCCCCGUUUCUACUCUUUAUGCUAUGCUAAGCUAAGCUAAGCAGCUGCAAAUAUGAGAGUGGUAUUGAUUCGCUCAUCGAACUCUGUCUAAGAAAGAAAAUAAGUAUACUUCCCAAAAUGUCAAAAUAAUACUUUAAAUCAAUCAAUUAAGUAUCCAAAAAGAGUCUCUGUGCACUAUCGAUGCACUCCCGCUCACUUUAUCUAGCUAUAGAUAGCCUAUUUGUAGUGUAGCGUUAACCUGUAAAUAUUGUUAAGAUGUGUUUCUUCCUUGUGAUUAAUUCCUCAUGUUUACAUUUGGAGAGUCAUUUGAAUGUGCCCCCACGUUUGUCUUGGCUGGUACUACCGAAAGUUGGAAAUUUGUGGAUAAGCUUUUGUAAAUGUAAUAAGCUGUUCAUUGUUUUAUUUAAAAGACAAAUUGAAGCACCUUAGUGUAGUCUUACGUCUUAGCUCACCCCAGUUACAUGUAUCUCUUAAACUGCCAUGGUUAAAUGGUUAGGGCCAGAUGUUCUUUGAAUAUGGUACUUUUUGUUUUGUUUCUUCAUGUGUCUAACACAUGUUUUGUACUUUGAUUUGCUGCUUUUGUACAGGGUCCAGUCCGAGACUGCCCCCUUAAAUGAAAAGUCUAGAGCUAUUAAAUUGUUGAAUAUAUUCUGGCUGUGAUAAAUCCAAUUUAGCCUUACUGGAGAGAGAGCUCCAGGGUCAGAAAUGAGCUUCAAUUUAGACAUUUCGAGCAGUUUGAUGAGGUAACUGCCAACAUUUUAUACCCAUCUAAGGAUUGAUAGUGGCUGGUAGAUGGGGCUUGUGAUUGUUGACAGAGAGAGGAGGAUUAAAGGCAAUGUCACAUAAACAAAAGGACUGUUGCUCUCUUGUGGUAUCUUAGUAAAUUGCACUCUCUUAACGACACUAAAGGCAGAGAAAAGCCUCCCUUAAGAGUACAUUAUCAUUCAUAGUGCGUCUCUAGUUAUCACUGGAGAAGAUAAUAGUACUUUGGGAUCAUAAGAAAAGGCUAAACAUGUACUUAACAACUAUUUCCCACUUCACUGUUUGGAGAAGCACUAGCCCAAGAGACAAUACUGAAAUACUGUGGUUAUAGUUUGUGUGUUCGCCUUAUACUCUGAGGGAUUUGAAUGUUUCUGUGUUAUGGAUAAUGAUAGUAGCUGAUGGUAAAGGAGGAGGAAUAGUAGUUAAUACUACUGAUUUAUGCACUUUGAAUUUGAUUGCCACACUAGCCCCAUAAUGGGGAGCAUGUUUGCAGAAACAAGAGAUGUGUACUGAGAAAAUGACUUCCACACAGCCGGCUAAAUCCAAAGGCAUACAUUUUACGUCUAAAUGUACCGCGUGGAUAUUAAAGCUCAUAUAUAAUUAACAAAAUCUACAGAUUACAGUCAGUUUCUUAUCGUAUUAUUCGUUUAAAUUAGGAUCAGAGUUUGUCGUAAGUUUGUUGCAGGAGUGGCGGAGCAGUGUCCGAGCAGUAAGUUGUGUCACCCUGCAGUUUAACUGGUGUUUCUGUGUUUCAGACACUGUGUGGCUCUUUAACAAGUAUUUAUGCGCACAGUUCAGCUGUUUCUGAUUGGCUUGUUCUCCGAUCACUACCAUAAUUAAGAGAGAUUAGUUUUAGCUUUGCUCCUGUUGAAGGGGCUCUAAUAUGUGACUGUUAUAUUUCAUGCUUUGAGAAAAUGUAAAGGAAGUUGCCAAAUUGAGUAAUGAGAAAGAUAUCAAUUAUUGUGAGCACUUUAUACUCCAGUUCAGCUAGGUUUGAAGGCUGACACAGUAGCGGUUAUAUGAAUCGAAAUCUGCUGAUGGCAGGUGUGUUUUUUUAAAAUAUUUCCAUGACAUAAGAUUAAAGGAAAUCAUAAAAAUGCAGUCUGUGCUAGAAAUGUGUCCUUGGCAGGUGUUGGGUCCCCUGAAACAACAUUUUAUUUAGACCAAAGGGACGUUAAAACUGUUUGUUCAGACCCUUCAAAAAUAAGCCCUUCUUUACGUACCUGCUUAGAAACAGUUUGGAAUAUUAUACUACAAUCUACUUAAGUUACGGGCUUCCAAAAUAGUGUUGUAUUAAUCAAUCGCUGUUAUUAUAUUUCAAACAAAUUGCAUCAUAUUCAUCAUUUUGGAGGUGAAUGCCACUGAGCAGAUGAAUUGAUGUGUUUUUAAAAAGGUCAGUUUAUCCAAUUAAUUGCAAAAAAAAAACUAUUGUUAAAUGUUAAUGUUCUUUUACUCCACUUUACACAUUAUAUUAGAUAUAUAGCUCUUUACACAUUAUAUUGGAUAUAUAGCUCAUGACACAGUGUUUGAAAGAAGUGUAAAAGCAUCCUGGAAAGCAGAAUUUACAUGUUAAUCUUUUAUCUUGGAUAAUUUAGUGAACAAGUCUUCCCUAAAUCCAGCUACAAACAAGACAAAACCCAUCUGAGACAUCAUCAAAGCAACACUUAACUAAACUGUGCAUUAAAAAUGUAUCGCAGACAGAUAUUUAUGAGCCCUGAUGUCGCCCAAAUCCUUAAAAAAAAUAUAACAAUCUUGUAAGUUUUAUUUAAAAGUUAAAUGGCAGUAAAGCUAGAUUCUAGACACUGAGAAGGGAAAUUUUGCACAGUCUUUAGGAGUCCUAUAUUCUACGCAAGUAGGCUUUAUGUCUUUUAAUUAGCCAAAUUCUCCUUUAUUAAGGCUAGCAGCCAAAGGCUUGUUUUAGAUUAGGUAAAGGUUGACCUGCCCUUGUCCUUAAAUGAGGGUUUGUCAGUGAUUAAGUGGGUGCCUAAACACCACAGUGACUGUGCAUUCUGCAUUGCACCCAAGGCAAAUGUUUGUCACAUAAUGAAGCAUUGAGCACGGCAGUUGGUACAAAGCAGAGUGCUCAUGGGAUUGCCAAGUUGGGUCUCUUCUGGGACUUGUAGUUUUUGGGUUUAGCUGCUAGAGCCGAAGUGUGUAUCGAGAAGGAUUUGAUUCUGUGGCCUUCAGCUUCAAGAAAAGUUUGGGGAAUAUUGUGAUUAUAUUUUAGUAGCAGUUACUAAAGAUAUUGGAGAGAAAAGAUUUUAUGUAUGUAAGAAUUUAAAGAAAUGUGUUAUUCUCACGAAGAUGAAAAAUGCUCUUUUUUUAAGAAAGUAGGAGCACUUUUUUUUUUAAUUGACCCAUAUUUUGGGUGCAAAUUUAUGGAGCUCCUUAACUGACAAAAGGUUACUUUUUAUUGCAAGAUAAUUAACUGCUUUGAAUAUCAAUAAGUAAGUUUAAAUUCAUUUUUAUAGAAGAAAUUACAAAAUGAUCUGGUUCCAACUUCUAAAAUGUGAAUAUUUUCUGCUUCCCUACAUUUGAAGAUUUAAUUUUGGGCACAAGUACUACCAAGUAAUGACAUUUUAUUAAUUAAAAAAAAUUGUAGCCCUUGUAAACACAAAUAUAAAAGUUCAUGCUUUUCAUUUAACCUCCUAUCACUUGUUAAAAAAAGCAAAAAGCUACAUGUUGUAUUUGAGCUUAGUUUGUUUGAAAAAAUACAUUAAAUCACACAGGUUUUUGCAAAUUGUUAAAGAUAGUGAAGGCUAUCUUUGAGAAACUUGAAGUUCAUUAAAGAUGUUGGCUAGAUAACUUUGUUAGCUACUUUUUGUUAGCUUGCUGGCUAAAAUGGUUUUGGUGCUAAACAAGUAGCAUGUUUACUUAAAUUAAGCUAGCUAGCCAGACAGUUCCUACUGUUCCACAAAUGUUAAAUUUUGCUUUUUUUACCAACUGAAUUAAGGUCCAUUCUUUAUAAUGGACAGGAUUAUUGGUUAAUGUGUUCAGGGUUUUUUUUUUUUUUAACUCAUUUUAUUUUUUAUUUUAUUUUUUGCUACAUUUUGUCAGUUUUGGGGCUCCAUAGGCCCAAACUAGUACAUAAAACAGAAAAACAAAUGUUGUUGGUUACUUUGCAUGUGAAAGUUUGGUUGGCUGUUCUAAUAAGUUUGUUCAAGGGUGACUUUUCCCCCUUUUUUUUUUUAGCAAAAAUAUGUGAUAUUUACCAUAGGCACCAAUGCCAUAGUCGAUUCAAAGAUGUAUUAUCCACAUACCCUCUACAUUUCCCAUACUUACUCAUACUGCAGCUGUGUUAAAUCAUAAUGUGUACUGUUAUUUGCUGAUUCUCUACUUUAUAAUGUAAACACUAUGUCUUAGUUAACUCUGGUGUACAAAGACCAUGUGUAGGCAGUAGUUGUCAAGUUCAGCUAUAUAAAAAUACUAAAAACCGUACAAGGACGAUAGUGUCUAGAGGUGCUAAUAACAUUAGACUGUAUUUUCUGUCUUUUAUUGUAUUAUUGACUAGUGUUUACUGUCUGUAACACAGCAGAACGUAAUUAAAUCAUUUCAAUAUUAAACAGUAUAGAUAUAUUAUUGCAAAUGGA